AAAAGAGUGAAUAGAAGAAAAUAGAAAAGAAAAUGGAAGAGGGAAAGGGUAGAGUGUGUGUAACUGGAGGCACAGGUUUUCUUGGUUCAUGGAUCAUCAAAAGGCUCCUUCAAGAUGGUUACUCUGUUAACACCACCAUCAGAUCUGAUCCCAAGAAAAAAAGGGACAUUAGCUUCCUCACAAAUCUGCCUGGUGCAUCCCAAAAAUUGAAAAUCUUCAAUGCUGACCUCAGCAAUCCAGAGAGUUUCACUGAAACAAUUGAGGGGUGUUUUGGGGUUUUCCACACGGCUACACCAAUUGACCUUUUAGUAACUGAACCGGAAGAGUUAGUUACAAAAAGGACAAUUGAUGGAGCACUGGGAAUCCUCAAAGCAUGCUUGGAUUCAAAGACAGUUAGGAGAGUGGUUUACACGUCGAGCGGCGCCGCCGUGGAAUAUCUUAGAAAUUUGAAACCAUAUGGUUGGUCUUAUGGAGUUGCUAAGACAUUAACAGAGAAGGCAGUGCUUCAAUUUGGUGAAGAGACUGGUUUGGAAGUUGUCACUCUAAUUCCUCCUUUUGUUGUUGGAUCUUUCAUUUGUCCUAAGCUUCCUGAUUCUGUUGAGAGAGCAUUGCUUUUGGUAUUAGGGAAGAAGGAUGAAAUUGGUGUUACACGUAUGCAUAUGGCACAUGUUGAUGACGUGGCAAGAGCUCAUAUAUUCCUGCUUGAGCAUCCUAAUCCAAAAGGCAGAUAUAAUUGUUCUCCAUUCAGUGUAUCUAUUCAACAAAUUUCUCAACUUCUUUCUGCCAAGUAUCCACAAUUUCAAAUACCAACUUUAGAUGAGGUGAGGGAAAUUAAAGGAGUGAAGCAACCAGAAUUGAUCUCAAAGAAGCUCACAGAUGCUGGAUUUGUGUUCAAGUAUAGCUUGGAGGAAAUGUUUGAAGAUGCAAUUGAAUGCUGCAAGGAAAAGGGUUUUCUUUGAAUGAUUUAAAACAUUGUAUCUAUAUUUGAUCCAUCUUAGUCUUCAAGUCAAUAAAGCAAUAAAGUGCCCAACAUCAUUAUCUUUAAGUUUCAUCAAUUU